AUGUUCCCCGACAGAGAGACCGUCCAUGUCGUCUUAGCGGCAUUCUUCGGAAGUGAUUGGACCUGGGCGAACAGCAAUGUCAACGACAUGAUCGCCAUGACCAGAGAGGCCGAAGUCUGCCUUCUGGGAAUUUUCCACACUCUCGCUGCUAGAGCCGACCUCUACGGAGCCCUACGUGGUCAUUCUGCGUUCUACGCGACCGUUGCGACUGAGCUCAAGACCAGAGGCGAACUCAGUGGCGACGCACUCAAGGAUAUCGAAGAAGUUUACAUUUCAGUCAAGGACACAAUUGCGACUCUUCCGCCCCUUCAGGCUUUGUCCCUCACGGCCCGCCCCAACGAGAUGGGCGCCCUCACGGCUCAGUUCCAGAGCGCCAGCGUCGCCCGACCCGCGGAGAACAAGUCCUGGCCUCCUGCUCACUUCGAUCCGCAUGAACUUGCCCUCAUCGCCACACCGGAGCUUCGAGGCGUCCUCUUCGGCAAGACGCCCCAAACUCCCGGCGCCCUACCUGCAACUCCCAACAAGGCUACCCUGCCUCUUGACACUCGUGCCUAUCUCUGCUCUCUCGCGCUUUCCAACUACCAGCCCGAUAGCACCUGGAACUUGAUUCUGACCCCCAUCGCCAACUUCAAGAGUCAGAUGGAGCGUCGCCAGUGGGCAAUCCCCUCAGACGGACAAUCUCUUUACUACUUCAGCAUUGAGAAUGCCUUGGUUCAAGCCGUCAAAAUCUUCCAGCAUGGAAAGGCUAUCUCUAUUGCUCUCGCCACUCCUUGGUUUGGCCGUACUUGGGGCGCGAUCCCUUCUGCCGACGAGGUCUCUGGCACCGACACGCAGCAGGGUUACGCCGACGGCCUUGAGCUGAUCAUUUUCGACCCUAUCGCCCGCUACAACCACAUCAAGAACAGCCCUCAGAUCAGGGCAAGCCUCUCCAGCCUCUUUGCCUUCCGCCAGUCUAUUCGUGACAAUACCGAAGCGGCGAUUCAGGGAGCCGGAGGACGCUUGAUCCGUGGAUGGUACGGCGGCAAGCUGGAGAUGCCUGCCAACGGAGCUGACAGUGUUCAGCUGGCGAGUGAGUGGAUUCGUCUGCUCGUUCUCGCCGGCGGCGGUCACGUUCAAGAUCCGCUGGCCGUUGACGAUGAGCAGUGGGAGCAGUGGGGUUUCGAGGAGGUGCACAUUUGA